AUGCAAGCAAUGAAUGCACGAAACGAUCAAAGUGGUGGUGCGCAAUUGGCUAGAAGAUAUCAAUAUUUGCUACGAUAUAAUCCAUCUCAACGUUGGAGAAUGAUUUCAAAUCGUUUUAAACAAGAACCAAGACAGAGAUAUCAUAGUCAAAUAAUGAUACGAAAACGUGGACGGAUGCAAAUACCGCAAGAACGUUUAGAAAAAGUAAGAAUUAACGUGACAGGCGGGCAAAUCAGUUAUUCAGGAUCACGAGAAGUACCACGAAAUAGUCAAAUUAUGUCACAAAAUAAUCAAAUUCGAAUGAACCAAACAACUGAAUCAUCUGAACAUCUUCGUGCAAAACAAAUGCAAAUUUAUGAACGUGCACGUGCUGAAGCUUUACGUGAACGUAACAGACUAAUAGAACAACGUCGUCGUGAUGAAUAUGAACGAGCAAUGUUAUAUCAACAAGAAUUGCAACGAUAUCAGCAAGCUCUUCAAUCAGCGCAAAAUCGCAUACCAAAAGAACGAAUAGACGACAAAGAGAUUUGGCGACAACAGCAACAAGUAGCAGCACAAGGACAGUAUUUGAAUUCAAGAAACGAUCAAUCCUUUGGUGAAUCUUCAUCAAGAAAUUUUAAAACAUCUGAAGAAAUGAAACAUGCAAAGUUAAAACAUCGGAAACUUUUAAAUUUUGAAAAAUUAAAACAGUUAGAAAAAAAUCGAAAACUACUAAAAGCCACCUCAAAAAUGCAUCAACAUUGGUGGUGGGCGCAACAACAACAGCAACAACAACAACAACAAAGGGAAAAUUGGUCAGAUCAGAUGAAGGUACCGGAGAGAGAUAAUGGGAACGAACUUGAUUCAGAAUACGGAAAACAGCCAACGUAUACAGCUCAACCCCAACGUCAGCAACAAACGCCAUCUUAUCAGACUUCUUCAGAUUCAUAUCAGGUGCAAGGUCAAGUACGUGACCUGCUGGAAAUUCCAACAAAUCCUACUAACACUGAACUGGAAAUGGAUCAAAGUGUAAUCGAUCAGUCAGUUAGGGAAGGAAAUUGGCAUCGUAGUGAGGUGCAACCGGAUGCUGAACGUUUUCCGUUUGAAAUGAUUGUGGCUGCAGAUCGCGUUCCGGAUCGUCAGGAUGCUCAUUUUGCAGAAACAAUAAGUGCCAGUCCAUCAUCAUCAUCAGUUGAUGAUGAUGUUCAAAAGAAGCAAUUAGUUACCAUUGAAGAUUAUGAAGAUGAGAAUUAUGCAUAUGAUCAACAAACUGAAAAUGAAAAUGAAGAUCAAGGAUCAACUUUUUCGAAACAUAUUCCAGCAGAAUUUGUUGAAGGACAAUGGGCAUUGACAAUAGCUGUACAACCUACUUUACCUUCCAUAUUUACUUCUCAUUCAACCAUCGAUGAAUCAAUGAAUACAGAGAAAAUCAUUACAACAACAAUGGAAACACUGAAAAAAAGAAAGGAAUCAGAUGCAGAAAUGGAUAUGAUAGAGAUAAUACCAUCUAAAUAA